UCGUGAGGAGCGGAAGCGGAGGAAGUGGCAGAGCGGAUCACAUCAGGGGGAUAUGAUGUGUUAUGUGUUUUGUGUGUGUAUAUGAGUGUGUGCCGACCUGAAGAGGCGAGCGAGAGCCGCUGCGACACCACAAAAGCGAACACACGGACAUCUCAGACACAGAGCAGCACCGGGCGCUGCAGCUGACUGUAGUAAAUGAGCCGCUUCGUGUAAAAGGCCAUUAUGUGUUCGCAGCGUCAUCUGGGAUGGAGGAGGCGCCGCUAAUGGUGGGGAGGAGGAGGACUGGAGGAACUGCGAGCUUCAUCGUCGUCCUCCUCCUCCUCUUCUUCUCAGCCAGGGGCUCCCGGGCUCAGAAAGGUAAAGGCGAUGGCUGUGGGCACACGGUGCUGGGCGCAGGAAGCGGCAGCCUGGCGUCUCUGGGCUACCCUCUCUUUUACCCCGCGCACUCGGUGUGUGAGUGGGAGAUUAGCGGGAGCACCGUGGACACACUCCUUCUGCGUGUGGCAGACCUCGACAUCGAUACACACAACUGCCAGGUGUCCUACCUCCGGCUGUUUGAUGGUAUCGGAGCAGGCAGGACAGAGAUAGUGAAGCUCUGUGGCGGAGACGUGAGCGGUCCGAGGGAGGUGAAGUCGUCAGGACAUCAGGUCACGGUGCAGUUUAUGAGCGGCCCACGCAGCUUCAGGCGCGGCUUCUUCCUCUCCUACACCAGCAGCCAGCAGCCAGAUCUGAUCUCCUGUUUGGAGAAAGGAAACGACUUUACUGAAGCUGAGUUCAGUAAGUUCUGUCCUGCCGGGUGUCUGACAGACUUCGGUGAGGUGUCUGGGACCAUACCUCAUGGCUACAGAGAUUCGUCGUCUCUGUGUCUGGCCGGUAUCCAUGCCGGCGUGGUGUCAAACACACUCGGAGGCCGUGUCAGUGUAGUGAGCAGUACAGGCAUCCCGCACUACGACAGCACGCUGGCCAACAACGUCACCUCUGUAGCAGGGAUCCUUUCUCCCAGUCUCUUCACCUUUAAAACCAGCGGCUGCUACGGUACACUGGGUCUGGAGUCAGGGGUGAUCAGCGAGUCUCAGAUCUCCGUCUCGUCUGUGUGGGAGUGGGGUCGUCACGGCGAUAAGCCUUCAGUCUGGGCACCUUCAGGCGCACGGCUUAAAAAGCCUGGGCUUCCGUGGGCAGCCGCCGACAGCGACACGAAACAGUGGAUCCACGUGGACCUGAAGAGAAAGAAACGAGUGACAGGAAUCAUCACCACUGGCUCCACUUUACCCGAUUACCAGUUUUAUGUGACUGCCUAUCGAGUGCACUACAGCAGUGACGGACAGGACUGGACAGCCUAUCAGGAAGCAGGCUCAAGUCAAGACAAGGUUUUCCAAGGGAAUAGCAACUAUCUUCAGGAAGUCCGGAACAACUUCAUCCCUCCUAUCGAAGCGCGGUUUAUCAGAGUAACUCCUGUGCAGUGGCAUCAGAGGAUUGCUUUAAAAAUGGAGCUGCUCGGCUGUCAGCUAUCUACAGCAAGUCCACGCAGUCCGGUGCCUCCACCCAAAAAAAAAGACACAGCACCUCCGCCGCAGGAGCAGACGACGUACACGCCGAACGUCCGAAACACCACCAUGCCUCCUCACGCUCAUAACGAGGUCGCGUUAGUGGCCGUGUUGGUUCCCGUGCUGGUGGUGGUCCUCACUGCUCCGGUGCUGUUGAUUGUGUGCGCGUGGCUCUGGAAGAGCAGGAAAAGUCCCGAAGCGACGUACGACCUUCCACAUUGGGACCGCACAGUGUGGUGGAAGAGCAUGAAGCAGCUGUUGCCAUCGAAGCUGGAUGGGGAGGAGUGUGUGCGCUACAGCUCUUCUGCACGAACUGAGAACCAGAGACCACAGGUAGAACCGGCAGAAUAUGCUCAGCCUCUGGUAAGCGGUACCAUGGCCUCUCUGGGUCAGAGGUCAACAUUUAAACCCGAAGAAGGAGCCGACCCCGAGUACGACGCCCCCUUGACCCCCGAACAAUAUCACGCCUAUGCUGAACCGCUCCCCGCCUCUGGAACAGAAUACGCCAUUCCCAUCACGCUCGACAGAGCCAAUCACAUACCUGCAGGCACUCUGCCUUACCGAGGGCGGGGAUUAGAAGCCCGAACGGACAGCAACCAAUCAGGGAGCUCCGUCUACGACACGCCAAAAAGCACAUCCGAACAAACCGUACCUACAGACGGCCAAAUAUACCAAGUGCCUCAGAAUUCCCACAGUACACCGUGCCAGGAAAUAGACUGAGCAGAACCGGACCACGGUGCUCAAGUAUUGUACUAAGAAUUCUGCUCCGGUUCUCAGACUGGCCGUCGGACCGGGACGAGCGUGCAUGUGUGAAAGUGCAUGUUUGUGCUUGUAGCUGUAUGUACAUACAUCUAGUCUCCUCUGCAUGCCAUAGCAGUCCUGUCACUGAAGAACACCAGGAAUGUCAGAGAGAGAGAGAGAGAGAGAGAGAGAGAUAGAGAUGAGUGAGGCAGUGGGAGACUCUUACACUACUGUUUUAGUGUGUGUGUGUCUGAAUGUUCUCUCAUGUUAAACUGUGAGUCCCUGUACAUUUUCUUUCAUACUGAGAGGAAUCAGUCCCAAAGUCUUACUCCUAAGGGUCACAACUUGGUGCAUGUUCAUGGUGGGUUACACUGUUUCUAUUAACCUGUAUCAAACACAAAAGGAUUAUUUUUGCUUUUAUUCUUCUUUCACUUAAAAAGACACCCUUUUCCCUGCAUUUGAAAAUGUAACGUAGCCUAUGCGGUCACCCUCGAUAGGUUCCUGCUAGGCUGCGUGUUCAGCAUUAAUAACCUACACGUGUAGGCUAUUAGCUGGAAAAACGGUACAUCAACUUUCUGAAGCGUUUCUCAUCACCAUCUAUUCAAAAACAUGUUAUAUUUUUUAAAACUCCACUCUCACACCUCAAAAAAAAAUCUGUCACUGUUCGGAAAAAAAUAAUUAUUUUUUUUUUUUCCAUAUUACUUUCCUGCUGAGAUAUGACGGCUAUGCGGAGUGCCAGAACCAUGCCUAAAAUCUCCAGCGCUCACGGAUGCACUGUUGUCAUAGAUACACUGUAUCACGCCUUGGGGCGCCUUGCUGAAUGUGACUCUUUCGUGCUGAAUGAAAAUAAAGUACGCAGCAAAGAUGCCACCAAGCUUGCCAUUAAGGAAAUACACCUGGCUCGAGUCUUGAAUUCCGAUAAUUCUAAACAACGGUACCGUUCUAACAUUCGACCAAAAAGUUACCUUCUACAUGUACUUUAUGCUCAAGUGUGAUUUACUGUGUGAACAUCUGAUCGAUCAGCUGAUCUUUAUAUUUACCUUGACUCAACUUCACUGCAGUUCACUGAGCACAAAGUGUGCUUUAUGGUACUAACAUGACAGUGUUCAGUUCAGAAUAUUAACCAAAGUCGAAGCGCCAUCACUGAGACUGUGUGUGUGUGUGUGUGUGUGUGUGUGUGUGUGUGUGUGUGUGUGGGACCUGUUUCAAUGUCCGUUUUAAUAUCCACAAGUUUUAAUCGUGUUGAUGAGGCUGUUUUUGUAUGUCAUGUGCACUGUAUUCAUAAUUUUAUAAUUGUGUGUGUCUGCUAUUCACUGUGAGUGACUGUUCGUACUGUAGAAUGACUGUAAAGAAUGACUGUAUAGAGAAAAGUUUAAUAAAAAUAUGAUUACAAA